UCUGGCAAUUAUCUGUCGAUGAAGAUACAGAUACCUUAUACAUGUGUGUACACAUUUGCAUUCAUUGUUUUAGCAGAAUUUUAGCAAAAAAAUAUUCACAGAUUUCUCACUGUCAACUGGAUCAUUUACUUUUUUCAAAAACGGGAACUUCUUUUUUCCAAACGACACACGAGGCAACGUUCCUCGGCAGACUACAUCGCCAUAUUCAACCAUUACCCACCACCCCAUCCCUCAGGGGGUUUUGAAUUAUGCAUCACUCACGUGAUCACAUAUAUUACAUCUAGCAUAUAUACUUGCAAUUGCACGAUCACGGCUAGAUAUGUCAUAAUGGUUCGUUUCUUAUCACAGAACAACUUACUGAUAUUAACUUAUGAACGAAUAUAGAGGACGGCACCAAGAUCAAAAGCACGACGUUUCGAAACUUUUCGAU